AUGGAAAAUCUUUACAUGGAUGAUGUCGACCCUAGCGUAAGCUUUCUGUUUAAAACAAUGCUUGAAAGAGAUCCGAAAAAAAGAAGAGUCAAGCCAGUACAGAAACAUAUGAUCCAAGUAGAUUUUGGUGGGGGAGAGGACAGUGAUGAAGAUUCAGAUUUUGAUAUGAAAAAGCAUAAAGCAAACAGUGAUGGAGAGGACAGUGAUGAUAAAGUUCAUGAACCAAGUGAUGAGGGUGAUGUAAAUAAUGAUGAUGAGGAAAGUGAUGAUGAUGAUGAUGAUGAUGAUGAUAAUGAUAAUUCUGAAUCCGACUCUGAUGAAAGUCAGCCUGGUAAACCUGGACUAGACAUUUUGAAUAUGGAUCUAGACAGUGCUGAUGAUGAAGAUUAUGUUCCUAACCAGAAGAAAAAAAAACUUCUUCCAUCUUCAGUGACAAAGGAAAUCACAGAAUCAUUAGAGGCACCUACUCCACCUCCAGUUAUUGAUAAUCAAGAUAUCAAAAUUGUUAUUUGUUGUGUUUGUCUUACAGAUGUAACAGGGGCUGAUGAUGAAAUAGUAGAAUGUGAUAAUUGUGGUGUACCUGUACAUGAAGGUUGCUAUGGUAUCAGUGAUAACCAAUCAGCAGCCAGUACUGAAUCCUCCGCUAGUACGGAGCCAUGGUUCUGUGAUGCUUGUAAAGCUGGUGUUAAACCUAGUUGUGAACUAUGUCCUAAUUUUGGAGGAAUUUUUAAGGAAACAGACACAGGAAAGUGGGUACAUCUGGUAUGUGCUCUGUAUACUCCUGGUGUAGCAUUUGGUGAUGUGGAUAAACUAAGUCCAAUAACUCUGUUUGAGAUGCCCUAUUCUAGAUGGGGAGCUAGGGAGUGUACACUAUGUGAAGAUGUACGAUUCAGUCGAACUGGAGUUUGUGUAAGUUGUGAUGCAGGAAUGUGUCGAUCAUAUUUUCAUGUUACGUGUGCUCAGAGAGAAGGGCUAUUAUCUGAAGCUUCCCCGGAAGAAGUUAUGGAUAUUGCUGAUCCAUUCUAUGCAUAUUGUAAACUACAUGCUGAUAAGAAUACAGCUCGAGCUAAGAGAAGAAAUUGGCUGGCCAUACAAUCUCGAGUCAAAAAACUCAGGGAGAAAGUUAUUGAAGAUACAAAGGAAAAGGCUAGAUUCGAAAGAAAAUUGAAAAGACACUGUGAAAAAUACACCAUUGCCAGACAAAAACGACCACCAUCUUGGGUACCCACCCAGAAAAUGGUUAGAUUUCUAACAUCAAGUCCGUCUGCUGUGAGGAAUAUGUUACGGAAAGCUGAGUUGAUGGGAGUUAUAACUAACGUUCAGACGGCACCAAAUCAGAAACAGGAAUCAAGGAAGAAAGGAAGUUCAGCAACUCCGGCUUUAUCCACAGAUUUUAUAACUCACUAUUUAGAGCGUAAUGUACGUAUUGAUAAUAUGAAGAAUAAUCUAAAAGACUUGGUUCAACAAAACAGCAAAUUACACGAACAGGAGAAAAUAUUACGUCAGAGAUACGACAAGCUGUUAAACAGUAGUACAUUACUGAAAGAUAAAUAUAGUGAUUUAAAGGAAGAAGGAGAGGGAUUGUGGAAGAAUUUGAUUGGAAUUGGAGGAAAGACAAUCAAAUUACCAGACAUAUUAAAGCCAAAGAAAAUUACAAAAUCACCAACUAUUAGAGAUACACCCAAAUCACCUCCUGCUAUAAUCCAUCAAUGUGGUAUUUGUAAGAAAACAACAGACCAACAUCAGCUGGCUAAAUGUGAUUUGUGUAAACUCUACUAUCAUCUGGGUUGUUUGGAUCCUCCUCUAACGAGAAUGCCUAAAAAAACUAAACUUAUGGGCUGGCAAUGUUCAGAAUGUGUGUCGUCUUCUAGUGACUCUGAGAAAGAGGUGACAGUUGAAGAUGUUGAUGGACCAAGACGUCUGAGAGAAACUAUCAAAGAACCACUUAAAUUCCAAUUUAUGGAGAUGUACGACUUUAAAAAGAGAGAAAAAAUCAAGAAAAGGAGUAAAACCAAGAAAAAAGUAAAAAAGACAGAAGCAGAGACUAGCAUAGAUAUUACACCAGAUGAUAUUCCUGUAAAGAAAUCCAAAGUAUCACCACAAUACAGACCAAAGAAUUUAGCAAGCUCUGGUAGUAGUAAUGUUAAUUCUGUAGCAAAGAAGAAGGAGAGCCCUAAAGAACUAAUGGUGGAGUGUGUUGUUUGUAGUCAACCUGGUCGAACUAGUAAUACUGUUAGAUGUGAUGAAUGCCAGCUUUGUUAUCAUUUUACAUGUUUAAAUCCACCAGUCAAGAAAUCACCCAAGAUUCGAGGUUAUGGUUGGCAUUGUGAGGCAUGUGAUCCUACAGACGAUUCUGAUGAUAUUGGUCUAGUAGAAGAUGAAGACAGUAAACUAUCACCACCACCACAAGAAGGCAGUGUUAACACAAGCGAUGAUGAUGUCAUGAUUGUAGAGCAAGUUGAUUGA